GUAGCACCCUCCCAGGCAGGGGGACUGACCAUUUGGAAACUCGGGCACUGCCCGAGGGCCCGGGGUCAGUAGAGGGCCCCAUGAGAUGCCCCUGGUACCUUUUUCAUAGGCUUUUUUGAGUUUGGGCAAGGACACAGGGGCCCCAUGAUCCCCUAUUACCCGGGGCCCCAUGAGUUGUCAGUCUGCCCCUGCUCCCAGGCAAAUUUAGUUCCAUGGCUCUCCUGUAGUCAGCAGAGCAGCACAUGAUUACUUU